AUGGGCAACAUUAGCAGCAGACCCGACGAGGGGUCGGGGCCGUUUAUACGGGAUCAGAUGCGCUUCACAAUCGCCAGCGUUCAUGUCACCAAUUCUCAAGGCCAGACCCUGCUUCGAGUCGUCCCGACCGAGUUUCCUGCCACCACCUUCAAGGCCUCGAAAGAUGCUGGCGAUGAGUCUCCUAUCGACUACAUACAGGAUCCGGAGGGAAAUCCCAACGCAGGACCAUCCUUCCUUAUGCGCCUUGCGAAUAGCGAGGAGCUCCAUUUCCAAUUCACCCUCAUUCUUCGACAGCAGGCCAGCAAUGAGCCCACUUCAGCCAACGCCGACUCUCACAUUUCUGGCCUGACAUAUGUUUUCGCCUCCAGCGCAAAAGAGUUGGACAAUCUCAUUACCCGCGAGUUUCACUCCGACCCGAAUCUACACAAGAACUCCAAUGUUGAGCUUCUGGGCGACUACAACACCGGCGGCUCGCAAAGUGUACAAAUCGAAUGGAACUGGAAAUGGCGGCCGCCCAAGACAGCCGAGGAUCGCGGAGGCGGUUGGCGCAACACUUGCAGUUUCGUGGAGUAUAACCAGCGCGCGCAUCGCUUGGACACCUUGGCUUCCUUCACAUUCUGGGUGCAAAACACCCAACGGUAUCUGCAGCCCCGCUCACCCCAGUUCGAAUUGGGCCUUCCGCCGCGGCUGAGAGUCCCCUCUGGGCAGUCCAUGGACUCGCGACUUAGUAACAGCAACGUGAGUGAUUCGGAAGGUGAAGGAGGGAACGUCAAAGACUUUCCCGAGCCUCAGUCACCAGUCUUCGAAACCAUUCCGGAGAACGGGCUGGGCCUGGCCCCGAUGUCGACUCAAUCCACGAUCGGCACGAGCGCCUUCAAGGUGGAUGUUGCCACUUGCAAGCCCGGGGAGGAGUCUUCCUGGAACGAGGAUGGCCCUCUAUUUCGAGCCACAAUGCGUUCAUUGGAGCAGAGGACCGGCAACAUGCGCCUGCGCAUGAAGAAGGUGUUGCGUACUGCAGAGGCUGCCGAAGUGGCUCAGCAGUCAUGCAACCAGGCCGUGUUUGACUUUACCGAGGCGCUCAAAGACGCCGCUCACUCUAACGAAAAGGCUGUCCGUCCGGCACUGGACCAUUACUUUGACAAGAUUGCGCGAGAGAUUCUGGCCUACGAGCGGAGGAAUGCCGAGAACCUGCGAAAACUGAUCAUCGAUCCCGUCAGCCGGUUGUACAACCUCGAGAUCAAAUCGGCGGACAACAAGAAGCGCGAGUUUGACGAAGAAAGCAAAGAGUACUAUUCCUACGUGAGCAAGUACCUCGGACAACGCAGCGAGUCGCUCAAGGAGAAGAAGCAGCAGAAGAGCGACGAGAAGUAUCAGGCGAAACGACGCACCUUUGAGUUGAAGCGCUUCGACUACUCGAGUUUCAUGCAUGAUUUGCACGGCGGGCGCAAGGAUCAAGAAGUCUUGUCUCAUCUCACAAAGUACGCCAAUGCCCAGGCUCAGGGCUAUCUGGCGACAGCCAAGAAGGUUGAGGAGAUGGUUCCGCAACUGGACGCGCUGGUGGCGGAGGUCAAGGUGGCCAAUCAAGACUUUGAGCUACAACGAUCGGAGCGUGAAGAGAAGCGACGUAUUCUGGAGAAGAGCACGAAGCUUGUGAACGAGGAUGGGAUUGUCUCACCCCCGGGGCUUUCUCAUACCAUGUCGCAAAGCAAUGGUCUCCGCGUGGGCGAUGCAGACUUGGGCCGAAUGGGCUCGACCAAUGGCAUGCUGGUAACUCCUACGAGUGCAUCGCAACCGCUCUCUGCGAGCCCGAACAAUAACAGGUUCCGGGGCUAUCGAGAUUUGGAAGAUGGAGGGAACAGUGCCGGCGGGAGUGGCGGAACUCAUCGCAAAGAAGGGCUGUUGUGGGCAAUGAGUCGACCCGGGGGUCAUGCCGAACCUCUGGGCAUCAACAAAGCCGCCUGGCACAAAUUCUGGAUCGUGCUGGAUCAGGGCAAGCUGUCUGAAUAUGUGAACUGGAAGGACAAGCUCGACCUCCACAUGGACCCGAUCGAUCUGCGAAUGGCGUCUGUGAGGGAAGCGAGGAAUUCGGAACGACGCUUUUGCUUUGAAGUCAUUACUCCGCACUACACCCGCGUGUACCAGGCGCCUUCGGAGGAUGACAUGAAGUUUUGGAUUGCCGCCAUCAACAAUGCAGUGCAGAGCGCCUUUGAGAAUCGCGCAUACGUACCAGCCUCUCCCUCGCCUACCACUGCAGGAUCGACUAGGAAGGAUAUUGCAGCAGUAUUGACUGGAAAGAGCUCUUCAUUUUCGGGCCAUCGACACAUCUCCAAUCCAAACCGGUCCGAGGCGACGAAAGCGGUCAACAGAUAUGCCACCACUGGCGAUAAGAAUGCGUUUCGACGAAACGAGAGUAGUGGGCCGGAGCCGGAGCCAUCUUUACUACUGCAGCGAGUGCGAAGUGUGGACGAAGGGAACAAGACCUGCGCCGACUGUGCGUCGGAAAGCAGGGUGGAUUGGUGUUCUAUCAACCUCGGCGUUCUCCUCUGCAUCGAGUGCAGUGGCAUCCACCGGUCUUUGGGGACACACAUUUCCAAAGUGCGAUCGCUCACGCUGGAUACCUCCAUCUUCACCCCCGACCUGGUGGAAGUGCUCUUGUCGAUUGGCAAUCGCGUGAGUAAUACGGUCUGGGAGGCGAGGCUGGAUCGCUAUCUCAAGCCAUCUGCCCAAUCGACGAGGGAGCAGAGACUGAGUUUCAUCACCUCCAAAUACGGGGAUCGAGCUUAUGUUCAGACCGCGUCGCAGUCACCCGAUGACCAUCUUUUGACGAGCAUCAAGAAGAACGAUAUUCAGAGCGUGCUGCAUGCCCUGGCCUUGCGCGCCAAUCCCAACGCACACGAUCGAUCUCGUGCUACUCACGCCAUCUUCCUGGCAUUGGCUGCCGCCGACCCCGCCGCGCCGGGGGGAUCCAGCUUCUCCCAAAGCAGUAGCACCUCGACAUUGAGAGCAGCCUCACCAAUCGAUUCGCGGCCAUCCACACCCGCCCGGAAAGCGUUCGCCAUUGCCGAGUUGCUGGUUCAAAACGGCGCCGAGAUCCCCGCAGAGCCUUCCCCCUUCCCCCUGUCCACCUCGGCGAAGCAGUACCUCGACUUCAAGAACGAUCAGAAGUUGGGCAAGGCUGGAUACAACGGCGGCAUCCGAGACGGCAACGGAGAUCAGCUGGGUGCCUUGCCUGCCAAUUUCUCUCCGAGCAGCGCACCGGCCCGGGAACGCGAGCGGCUCGUCAAAAGAAACAGGCCCAGCAUGACGGCCGAAGCGGUUGAGAGCUUUGUGAAGAAGUAG